AUGACCCGGUUGGUGGGCACCAUCAUUUUCUCGCUGCUGGUGGCAAUAAAGCCUGAGAGGGGAUCGCGGGGAGAGAAAAGAGUCUGGAAACUAGACGUAGCCCCACGAGUGAGCGUUUCUGAUAGCCCUGCAUCAGAAAAGAUGCUGGAAAUAUCUGAACUAUUCAGCUCCCGUGAGGAUGCCGGAGGAGCGGCUGCCCGGCCAAGCACCGACCGCGGGGAUGCGUCCGGAGGAGGAUUAUCGACACCCCCACCCCCCCUUCCCGCCGCCCCCCCCGCCCCGGCCACCAUGAACACCAACGUGUGCGUGGAGAGCGGCCCCAACCCCGAGGCGCCGGGGCUGCCCAAGGACAGCCACCUGCCCGAGGGGGCCCUCAACAGCCUUGUGGAUUACAACUCGGAGAUGGAGAGGUACCGCUCCUUCGCCACCUUCUACAAGACCAACGGCGGCGCCUUCCCCCAGGCGGCCAAGAUCGCCCGCAUCACCACCCCCAUCUUCCCCAGCGCGGCCGCCGCCGCCGCCGCCCGCAUCGGCAUGUCCCCCUGGAACUGCGACACCGCCACGGCCGCCGCCGCCACCGCCAUGCUCUGGGGCAGCGGCGGCGGCGGCGGCGCGGCGGGCGGCGCGAGGAAACCCUCCUCCUCCUCCUCCUCCGCCGCCGCCGCCGCCGCCUCCGCGGCCGCCGCCGCCGCCUCCUCGCUGCACGCCGGCAGGGGCGGCAUGCACCACCGGAGCGACUCGCAGCGGCUGGGCAAGCCCGGCUGCCCGCCGGCCGAGCAGCCCGCCCUGCCCAUGGCCAACGGCAACUUCCUCUCCACCCUCGCCCCCGAGCACUGCCGGCCGCUGGCCGGCGAGUGCAUGAACAAGCUCAAGUGCGGCGCCGCCGAAGCCGAGAUCAUGAACCUCCCCGACCGCGUCGGCACCUUCUCGGCCAUCCCGGCGCUGGGCGGCCUCUCCCUGCCCCCCGGGGUCAUCGUCAUGACGGCCCUGCACUCCCCCGCCGCGGCCUCGGCCGCCGUCACAGACAGCGCCUUCCAGAUCGCCAACCUGGCGGACUGCCCGCAGAGCCACGCCUCGGCCUCGCCCGCCUCCGCCCUGGGCGCCGCCGCCGGCGCGGGCGGUGGCGGCGGAGGCGGAGGGGGGGCCGGCGGCACCGGCGGCGGGGCCGGGGCCGGGGCGGGCAACCCCGCCAAGAAGAAGCGGAAACGCUGCGGGGUGUGCGUGCCCUGCAAGCGGCUCAUCAACUGUGGAGUCUGCAGCAGUUGCAGGAACCGCAAAACGGGACACCAGAUCUGCAAAUUUAGGAAAUGUGAAGAGCUUAAGAAAAAACCGGGCACUUCGUUAGAGGUCAGAGGAGAUGAUUUCUUUUUCCCCAGCCUCCCGCCGUCCCUCCUCAACCCCCUGCCCCCGCCCCUCCAGUGCUUCUUGUCUAGCUUCAAGAUGCAGCAUCCCUUCUCCGAGGCCUCCUUCAGGCUCUGA